AUGCUCUCCACAUUCAUAUCUGCCGAAUAUCCCGAUGAAAUUUCUGAGUUUUUAUUUUAUAAAGUUUUUUUAUUUUGUGUUUCUCAGGUAAGACUGGACGAAGCCGAAAACAACGCACUGAAGGGCGGCAAGAAGGCGAUCGCCAAACUGGAACAGCGCGUGCGCGAACUGGAGAACGAAUUGGACGGCGAACAGCGACGACACGCCGAUGCGCAGAAGAACCUGCGCAAGUCAGAGCGACGCAUCAAGGAGUUGAGCUUCCAGGCUGACGAAGACCGCAAGAACCACGAACGCAUGCAGGACCUUGUCGACAAACUCCAACAAAAGAUUAAGACUUACAAGAGGCAGAUCGAGGAGGCUGAAGAAAUUGCCGCAUUGAACCUUGCCAAAUUCCGUAAGGCACAACAAGAACUGGAAGAGGCCGAAGAGAGGGCCGACCUCGCCGAGCAGGCCAUCGCCAAGUUCAGGGGAAAGGGACGCGCUGGAUCAGUCCGAGCCUCAAGCCCAUUGUCAAGACCACCAAUGAAAUCGUUUUUUGACGGCUCGGCAUUUCCCCCCAGAUUUGACCUCCAUCCAGAAGGGGAAAUGUAAAAAUCCGGAAAACAUGCUUCUGCUUUAAAACAACAUGAACCAAAUUUUUUAUUUUAAGUUGAUGGGCUAAUUUGUAUUUAUUUUAAUGGAACUAUUAAGAUAAUGUUAUUUUAUUAUAAUAAUAAACAAUAAUAAUUCCAAAUGCUAGCGGUGACUAGCGAAAAGUCAAGUUUUUUGUUCACGAUUGAUUAUACCAUUAAAAACAAAUAUUAUCGAAAUUAUUGACAGCUGUUAAUAUGUGUAUGUAUACAACGUUUUUUGAACAAACAAUAAAGAGGAUUUGAUCGUGGCAA